GGCUUGGUCGUGCGUGACGCUUUCUCUAUCUCGAUCUAUUCCUCUCUUGUUGGAUCAGACGCAUAGAUCUUGUCACUGACAGUGCUGGGACACGAUGUCGUCUGCAAUGCCUCGACCAGUGUCGCCAACGGGCCAUGCCGAGCUGAAACGGAGCAACGCGGCACGGUCGCAGCGCAGGGGCGACGAGGGCGAAGAAGGCAGAGGACGGAGCAGGUCGCUGACGAGACGGCCGCAGCCUGCGUCGCCCGGCAAGGAAAACGUCGCGCUCUCGAGGGCUGCAUCGCCGACAAGGCAAGCUCCUGAUGCCUCGUCGGCAGGACAGACGUACAAGCUGGGCGUCCCGCUGAGAAACGUUUCGCCCGAAAGAAAGGCCGUCGUCGUGCAGGAGUCGUCGUCGAGGAAGACGAGCGAAAGACGAGAGAGGGAGAGGAGCGCGAGCAGAUCAAGAGCAACUACGGAAGAUGUGUUGCCAAGAAGUCGAGAGGAGAUCAACCACGACUUCCACAACAUGCUCUCGGAGAUGGAGGUACCCGCGACGCUGAGGGCCAAGCUCCUAGCGAUGGACCCAAAAGUCAAAGAGUCGAUGGUCAAGGGAAAAGAGACGCUGAGUCUAGCGUCGCUACAUGCAGCGACGGGAAGCGGAGGCAGCGGCAGAAAAUCUUCAAAGAGCCGGCCGGCCAUCUCGGACCGACUAAAGAAGAGCAAGAGCAGCACCAACCUAAACGACGAGGCGACUGAAGGAGACGAGUCUGACCUGAUGCCUCCGCCGCCGAGGAAAACGUCGUUCUUCGGUGGGGGCCCUGCGUCUCGACAGACAUCGGGGAGCAGUCAGACCUCUCAGUCGUCGCCGACGGAGGGCUGUGACCCGAAGAAGAAGCGGUCGAGUUCCGACAAGAUGACAGCUGCCAGCAACCAGAGUCACGGCUCUUCCGUCUUUCUGCCCCUGGGAGGUGCCUCGAGAAGCAGAGCUUCGAGCUUCAGCAGCGCCCACUCGGCAGCAGCAGGGGGUGCCGGACCAAAUGUGAUGACGGCCACGGCCUAUGCGACGAUGCUCAAGACGACAGCUGCCUCGCACCUGGAUGUGGCCAAGCUCAAGCGUAUGAGAGCCGUCCUGUCAUCGGAGAGUCCUUCGUGGAUGGCCGAAUUUAUUGAGCAGGGUGGCUACGCGGCCAUGCUCGCCCGGCUUCAGGAACUCGUCGACAUGGAGUGGAGAGAAGAGCAGCACGAUGAUCAAGCCCUUCAUGAGCUUCUCAGAUGUUUUGUAGCCCUCCCCACGACUGAUAGAGGCAAAGCAGCGCUGCAAUCGUCGAUGCCCAGUCCCUUUGGCGAGCUCAAUGACCUGCUCUGCUCAGAGAAGCGUCCGGGCGAUCUUACAACCCGCAAGCACCUCGUCGAGAUACUCCUUCUCCUUGCUGAUCUCCCGUGGGCCACCACUGCCUCUUCAAAGGAGCUCCACGAUGUUCUGGAGAAGCGCGAAAAAUCAUCGACCCUCCAAGCGAUUCAGUCCGCCUCUCCCGCAGCGCCUGCCAACGUCACCCUGCUCCUUUGCCUCAUGCACAGCCCUCGGGACCCAUCGAAAGAGGCCAUCGUCGACUUUGUAAAGUCCAGCCAUACGCCUCGGCCCUUCAAAGUCUUUGUCAAUGAGCUGUACGACAUUGCACGCAACUACUACUGGGCCUUUACCCACGGUGGUAAUCGCUUCUGGGCUCUCGCCGAUCUCGACGCCAGGGCCAUCGAAGGUCCCCAGGUACCCAGUGGUAUGACGGGCGGUAUCGAGAACGAAGCGAUGCACUAUCUCACAACGAAGCUGCGGCUAUUGAACAAAGUGUCGUCCCAGGUCUCGCGUUUGGCGAGAAAGCAGCAGCAGAGUCUCGACGUCGACUUCCAUCGCUUGCUCUUCAGCUCUGGUAUCGACCGAGUCUUUGGAGUGAGUGCCGCCGUCUCUACUAGUCUCAAAUGGUGGACUGACCUGACGAAAUUUGUCCAAGGCCUUGCGACAAGCUUCACAACACUACUAUCCCUUCCUUCACCUUGAGCUCUCCCGCUACCUCAACUACGCCCGACGGACAGGCUUCCGCAUUCCAGUCGAGAUUGAGUACUGGCAGAACGCUUCGCGCAAGGAGUCCCCUAGCAAGGGC